GUGUGGAUACAAAGGCUGUCGCGACAGAGCCAAGAGGUAAACGUCCUUUGAGGGCUGACUCUGCUCUUCCCCUCCGCAGGUCCUGGGGCUGCCGCGCCGGGGCUCGGCCGUGCAUGGGACUCCCCAGCGUGGCUGCAGCGCCGACGCCAAGAGGAAUGCCAAAACGAAGGGGCUAAUGAGCAGCAGAGAGGGAGGAUCUAUAACUUCCAGAUGGCAACGAGCCCGUAAUCCCUUUGGGAAGAAUUAGGGACUCAUCAGCGCAGCAGAGCCUGGCGAGGGGAGCAAAGCACGACACCUCCAGCUCCGGGAGCACUGCGAGAGGCCAAAGGGAUCCUGAUGCUGACUGCACUGGCCAUGCUGCGCUGAGCAGCCUGGCUUUGUCCCAUGGAGCCCAUCCCUGAGCACUGAACUAUCUCUUGUUUUAAUUGAUCGCAUGUUCUCCAAGCAAACCCCAUCCGGGUCCUGCUCCUCCCGACACGGAAAAGGGCUGCUGCCCUUAACAGAAAGACUUCUUCCUUCUGGUUUUUAUGUCCCAUGGGAUUGUAAAGCAUCUUUCUUCUGGAUUUCAUCUUCCAUCAAAGUGUGCUUUGAGGAGUUAGGGGCUUAUUCCCAUGGCUUUAUAAACUGCCAGGAUCAGAGGGUGUCUGCCUUCCGCACCACCACCACUCCCACUUGUCUGCGAUGGGGCGAGAGCAGGAGCUGAUCCAGGCCGUGAAGAACGGGGACAUUCCUGGUGUGCAGAAACUGGUGGCCAAGAUCAAGGCGUCGAAGAGCAAGCUCCUGGGGUCUGCCAAGCGCCUCAAUGUGAACUACCAGGAUGCGGACGGGUUCUCAGCACUGCACCACGCAGCCCUGGGCGGCAGCCUGGACCUCAUCUCGCUGCUGCUGGAGGCACAGGCCACCGUCGACAUCAAGGACAGCAAUGGGAUGCGGCCCCUGCACUACGCAGCGUGGCAGGGGCGCGUGGAGCCCGUGCGGGUGCUGCUGCGAGCCGCUGCCUCCGUCAACAUGGCCUCGCUGGAUGGGCAGAUCCCGCUGCACCUCUCGGCACAGUACGGCCACUACGAGGUGUCGGAGAUGCUGCUGCAGCACCAGUCCAACCCCUGCCUCAUCAACAAGGCAAAGAAAACCCCCCUGGACCUGGCCUGCGAGUUCGGGCGCCUGAAGGUGGCCCAGCUGCUGCUGAACAGCCACUUGUGCGUCGCCCUCCUGGAGGGGCAGUCCAAGGAUGCCACUGACCCCAACUACACCACGCCCCUGCACUUGGCAGCCAAGAACGGGCACAAGGAGAUCAUCAGGCAGCUGCUGAAGGCCGGGAUCGAGAUCAACAAGCAGACAAAGACGGGCACAGCCCUGCACGAGGCCGCGCUCUACGGCAAGACCGAGGUGGUGCGGCUGCUGCUGGAGGGCGGUGUGGAUGUGAACAUCAGGAACACCUACAACCAGACGGCGCUGGACAUCGUGAACCAGUUCACCACCUCACACGCCAGCAAGGACAUCAAGCAGCUGCUGAGAGAGGCAUCAGGAAUCCUGAAGGUCCGAGCUUUGAAGGACUUUUGGAACCUCCACGACCCAACCGCUCUCAAUGUCCGGGCAGGAGAUGUCAUCACAGUCCUGGAGCAGCAUCCAGAUGGGCGAUGGAAGGGGCACAUCCACGACUCCCAGAAAGGCACCGAUCGGGUCGGGUACUUCCCCCCGUCCAUCGCUGAAGUCAUCAGCAAGAGAACAGGCAUGGUUGUGCCCCGCGUGCCACCCGCACACCAGCGCCAGGGCCCCCCCGCGGCGCUCCCGGCCCCCCCCGGCGGCCUGCAGCACCUCCCCGACGAGUGUCCUCAGCAGGCAGCCCCCAGCGUCCCAGCCUAUGGGCACCUCACCCUAACCCGGACGGCCCCGGGCCCUGACAGCUCAGCAGGAGACAGGAACAGUGUGGGCAGCGAGGGCAGCAUCGGCAGCAUCCGCAGCGCCGGCAGCGGCCAGAGCACCGAGGGCACCAACGGGCAGAGCACCAGCAUCCUCAUCGAGAACGCCAGGCCUCUGCCCUCCACUGGUGACGACCUCCAGCAACACCACUUGGGAUCAGAGCCACGUAAUGGGCAGUUGACCCCCACAGCAGGGACCCAGACCCACCAGCCCCCUGGCAGCUGCCCCCCCGGAGACAGGGUCUUCUCCCACCAGUUCCUGCGUCCUGAGCAGCUCCUCGAGGGGAAGGAUGCAGAAGCCAUUUACAACUGGCUGAGCGAGUUCCAGCUGGAAUCCUACACCGCCAACUUCCUCAACGCCGGCUACGAUGUCCCCACCAUCAGCCGCAUGACCCCAGAGGAUCUCACCGCCAUCGGGGUGACCAAGCCAGGCCACAGGAAGAAGAUCUCCACCGAGAUCGGGCAGCUCAGCAUCACUGAGUGGCUGCCCAACUACAUCCCGGCUGACCUGAUGGACUGGCUCAGCGCCAUCGGGCUGCCCCAGUACCACAAAAAGCUGGUGAGCAAUGGUUACGACUCCAUCACCAUCGUCACGGACCUGACGUGGGAGGAUCUGCAGGAGAUCGGCAUCAACAAGCUGGGCCACCAGAAGAAGAUCAUGUUGGCCGUCAAGAAGCUCCGAGACCUCCGCAAAAGCCUCAACCAAGCAGAAGCGACCCUGGCAAGGCGCAAAGUGCCCGGUGCCCUGGACAUCGUCACCAUCGAGUCACUGGAGAACGGCGAGUGCCAGUCCCCGCACACCCCCAGAAUGACGACGUUCCAGGACAGUGAGCUCAGCUACGAGCUGCAGACAGCCAUGUCCAACAGCUGCCACGACACCCUCGGCAUCAAGAGCAGCCAGGGCAUGUCCCGGAGCCAGGAGAGCAUCGGGGUGCGCUCGCGGGGCUCGGGGCACUCGCAGGACCACGUCCUGUCCCGGCACCUCUCCAGCCCCUCGCAGGAGAGCCUGGGCAGCGGCGAGAGCAGCAGCAGCAGCAGCGGGCAGUCCUGCACACCCCCCCGCAGCAAGGAGAGCCCGGCCAGCCUGCCGGGGCUGCCCGGUCCUGAGCCCUAUGGGAAGCUCGUCUCCCCCGAGGGGCUCAAUGGCUUUGCCAAUGGUGGCGGGGGCAGCCCGCUCAAGGAGAGGAACCUGCCCGAGGGCACGGAGCAGUACACCCGCCCGGCGGCUCAGAAAGGCAGCGGGACACCGGCGGUCACCCCUUGUACUCCUCCCCAGACACCCAGCAAGGCGGCAGCCCCGUAUGUCUUCAUGUACCCCCACGUCUCAUUGAAGUCCCCAACGGUCCCUUCCCUCCUUGGAGCGGAGCAGCCCAAGACCCUGGUGCAUCCCUUCUCCUCGGGACAGAAGAGCAGCCUGCAGACCUCAGCCCAAAAAGCCUUCUCCUACCUGCACAGCCAGUGCGGCCCCACGGAGCCGCCCUCCACGUGUCCCACCGCAGGGGCAGCCCCCGGUGCUUGGCCGCACGGGGAGCGGCACAACGGGGGCGAAGGCUUCAAGCACAAGAAGCGCUCGCACAGCCUGAACCGCUACGCGCUGUCGGACGGGGAGCACGAGGAGGAGGACGGGGCUCCCACCAGCACGCUGGGCUCCUACGCCACCCUGACGCGGCGGCCGGGGCGCAGCCAGAUGCCCCGUUCCUGUGUGCAGGCAGAGACCAAGGUGACCCGCAGCCAGUCCUUCGCCAUCCGGGCCAAGCGCAAGGGUCCCCCCCCGCCGCCUCCCAAGCGCCUCAGCUCCGUGUCCAGCGCCCUCGCAGACAGCGAGCAGCCCCCCGAGCCCCAGCGGCAGCCCACAGACCCCCAGGCCGUGCCCGAUGCGGGUGACAGCGGCCGCAGCAGGACAGUGAAGAGCCUGGCGGCUGCGCUGGAGGGGACACCAAGUCCGCCCAAGCCCCUCCUGGCCCCAAAGCCGCUGCAUGUGGCUCAGGACUGCGUCCCCAGGGGAGAUGUGGAUGGCGAGCCCUAUAACGGCGGUGACAGCAGCAGCACCGUGCUUUCCGAUGCUGGCAGGGACCCCUUUGAGAGCGGCAAGCCACGGAGACGGACAUUCAGCGAGCCCAGCGCUCCCAUGACAGAGGUGGUCGCACAGGGAGGGCGGGAGGAUGCCUGCUCAGACACGGAGGAGGAGACCAAGCCAGAGGUGUCCUCCUCAUCCUCCCAGAACAGCUCCAGCGAGUGCAUCCCCUUUGCAGAGGAAGGCAACUUGACCAUCAAACAGCGGCCAAAGCCCACCGGGCACCCCAAGGCUGAUGCAGCCGUGCUGGACACAGAGCUGAGCUCCCAGCCAGCAGAGCCCCCCUGCUCCACUGGGAAGGAGCCGGUGGUGGCCCCCACUGUCACCAAGGAGCCGCCGGUGCUGGAGUUCAACCUCACCGAGUCGGACACAGUGAAGCGCCGGCCCCGGUUCCGGGAGCGGGAGCCGCUGCAGGCGGUGCUGAAGGCGUUCAGCAUGGCCGGGCAGGCCGAGGCACCCACCAGCCCCAGUAUGCCCCAGUACGCCCAGGCGCAGGCAGUGAGCAUCGCCGGUCCCGCCGCGCCGGCACCGCAGGCUGGGCUGGCUGGGGAUGCGUUUGAUGAUGACAGCGUGGAGUUCAGGAUUGCCGAGAUAGAGAAAAGCAUCUUGUCUCUGGAGAAGGGGAUCAAGAAGGCACCGAGCCCCACCAAAGCCCCCAGCCCCACGGAGCUGCUCGGCACUGCUGUGGUGAGGACGCCUGCUUCAGAUGUCCCCGCCAAGCACACCUCAGUAGCAUCCACCAAGCUCGUGUUCUCCGGGCCCAAGACUAUCUACCAGCAGGUCCUGCAGCCCUCCCGCCACGCCGUGGCUCCUUGGGCGGGCACUGAGGCGGUGCCGGAUGUGAUCGGGUCCCUGGCCGGUGCCGGGGCACUGGAGGCGGGCAGCAAGGUGUCGGUGAAGCCAUCGGCAUCAGCCCCGGGGCAGCUGGCGCACCAGCGGCUGGAGCAGACCAACUGCACCCUGGCUUCUGCGGUGCAGGCGGCAGAGAAGAAGAUCACAAAGGAGGAGGUGGAGAGCCACCCCGGGGCCGUGCACUCAGCCAAGAACAUCCUGGAAGACAUCAGCAACAUGUUUGAUGACCUGGCCGACCAGCUGGAUGCGAUGCUGGACUGAGGCUCCCUCCUUCCCCUCCCUCCCUCCGGCCGCUCCCUUGUGAUGGGGAAGAGCAGAUCCAGCACUGAGGUGCCUCCAGGUCUCUCCAGCCGCCUCAUCCCCACACUUUGCCCCGCGCUGGGAACGCUGCUGCCCCUCCUUGCUCGCCCCUGGCUCCGUAUCACACGUGCCAGCGCGGCUGCGGGCUCGCUUCCGAGGGGGUCAGGCAUUUCCCACCAGACUGGCAACGGGAGGAGAGCCCCGGGGGGCUGCGCAGGGAGGUCCUGGAGGCCACGGAGAAGCCGAGGAGCCUCCACAAGGGACCUUUCUGUUUCCCUGCUGCAUUGUUGAGUCCUGCCUCUUAUUAUUUAUCCCCUGCCAACAAUGUGUCAGAGGAGAAACCUCCCCGGGCAGCCGGCACUGGGCUGGCUGUUCCCUGAGCAGAUCCCACCCCGGCAGGGCCUGACAGCAGCUCAAAGGAGACGGGGUUUGUCGCAGUUUGGCAGCUCGCAGAGCGAGAAGGAACCUUUUCUGCUUUGCUGCUUUUCCAAACGCAUCAGCGUCAGGCAGCGUGUAAUCCAAGGGGAUGGAAAUCCCUCCUGCGGGACCCUCGCAGCCCUCGAGCAUGGGAAGCAGUGGAUGCUCCGCCACGGCCCUGCCGGACGGGGAGUUCUGGCUGCCCCUUGCCCAGAGAGAGGAGGAUGGUGAUGGCAGCGCCGAAGGCUUGUGCUUUGGGAUCAUGCUGCUAAAGGGAGCUGCCCUCUGCAGACACUGUGCCUAUGAAACCAGCAGCCUGGUGCUCCCAGGGGGAAGUAGCAGCGCGGUUAGUGCUUUUUUUCCCCGUUUUUUUCCCCUCUCUAUCCCUUAUUUGGGGAGAAAUCGGUCCCUUUUCCCACUCCCCUCCCUGCUGGCACUAACUCCACUGGGAGCAUUGUUGAACAGGAGCAGCGUUUGGGACGCUUCCUUGCAGCAGGAGGGGUGACCCCACAGGCACCGGGUGCAUUCAGCUCAGCAGCAGCUACCGUGUGUGCAGGCUGGAUGUGGUCAGGGAGCAGCAGCAGUAGCUCCCCGCAUCCAAGCAGGAGGAACGGCGGCAUCGCUGGAAGAUGGAUUUCUCCAGCGGGAUCUGUUCAGUAGUGCAUGUCUAAAUAUGUCCAAGAGCCCUGAACUUGGCUUGCGCUCGGCAUGCCAAGCAAGUGAAAGCAUCCGAGCACCACAAGGGAAGCUAAGAUUGUACUCAAGUGCCAUUUGCUACAGAAAUUCCUGACAAAGGGAAAAGAAUAAUCUACAUAUCCCCCUUCUUUUAAAAUGAUCACUGACACAAAACCAAACUGGAAUGGGAGAAGGUGGCUCAAGAGGCAGUUGCUUCCCAGUCCUUUUGGGAGUCGAGACUGCAUUGGAACUGUGCAGCCCCUUGUCCCCUUGCAGAGAGCAGAGCCUGCCUGGACAUUCCUGAGGGGUUUAACUGCUGGAAAGCAGGAGCAAGGACAAAAUAUUCCCUUUGGAAAAACAGAAACCCUCUCUUUGGCUGGGACUUGAGGUCAGUUGGAGGCGGAUGAGACCGCUCUCUCCUGGCUAGCUGGUUGCUCUGACUGAUGUAUUUAAAUGCCCGUAUGUGACAGGCGAGUGCUACACCACAGACCCGACUGGUUGUAAAUAGCUACAACCAGUGGCACUUUAUGAGAAGGUUUGUGGAAACCUUUUGAAACUGAUUUUUACUCGAGUCAACCUGGGACAAGCCCAGUUCUUUCUUUUCCCAGUGUUGAUAAACUGUAAAUGUUCGUGGGUUUUUUUCUAAAGGCCAAUGUAUAUAUUUUAAAUGUGAUUUAUUCUAUAUAUUUACUAACCAGAACUGCAAGCCUUGGACUCUAGGGUCAGGGAUGAGGACACUGGCGUGGAGCUGUCGCUGUCUGAGCCACCUGAGGGCAGCACCACGCUGCUCUCGUUGUCAAUAAGGGAAUUGAACCAUUUGAUUUUUGCAGAAGAAUGCCUAUUUUUGAAGCUCUAGAUCUCUAUUUUGAAGCUACUGUAUGGUGUGUAAGUUAUGUACACUGCAAGUGGGACUAACUGACCCCAGCUGCUCCGUGCAGCAAGGCAGUGAGGGGAAAAAAUAGCCCGUGUAAUCACCAGACUGACAACAGAUUCUAAACCAUCUGCUCUGUUUGUGUUAAUCAUGUGUUUUGUUUUCCACUAACAUGCAGUAAGAUUAAAUGCUAUUAAACAGUGGGGCAUAUUUUACCCUUUUGAUA